AUGCAACCCUGGAGACGCCCACCACCACUACUCACCGAGGAAGAACAGGCGGCGUUAAAGGCUCAGAGAUUGUUAGCAGCCCAGGAAAGGCAAGAGAUACAAGAUUGGAAAAAUAAUCAGAAAAAAAUGUGGCCAAUUAUUACAGAGGAUUUUCAGCCGGAAUUUUGGAUCGAGCAGUACCGCGAGCGCCACGCCGAAACACUUGCUAGAUCUGUCGACAUUUAUGUUGAGAGAAUCGAAAACUUGGACAAAUCGGAAGCGGAGAGUCUUCUACUUGAGAUUCUCACAAAAAUAACGUUUGUGGAGAACAAUCUCACUGUGAAUGGAGCUCAAACAGUUGAGACAUUAUUCGAGAAUCUCAAAAAGGCACCAAGUGCAUCUGGGGACAUCCCCUUCAAGUCAAUCGAGGAACUCUCGGAUUUUCUGAAUUCAAUGUAUUUGAAUUUCCGCAAAGAAGGCGACGAAUUCAGAAACAUCGGAGUCCAAGGUCGUCGAUGGAUUCAAUUCCUGAAGAAUGAGUUGGACAACGGAAACUAUGUUGAAGAGGAUAAUUUUCAUGACUUGGACAUGAACUAUCAAAAAGCGACUGGCCACCUUGAGCUGGUUAAUCCAGAAGCUCAGGAAUGUCUUUUCAUCAAUCUCCCAAUCUUUUCGGAUACUCUAAAUUCAGCUCACAUGUUUAAAAUUGACUUCUCCAGAGGCGUCAGCACGUUGGGAGUCUUCAAAGGAAUCCAGUUUCCGUUCAGGCAAGCGUUCACAUGUGCCGGUGAAGUAGCUUCUGAAUUGGGGGCUAACAUGUUUAUAAAGCAUUGUAGCCAAGGAGACAAAGCAUUUGACUCGAAAAAAAUUCCAACAAGCCUUAUUGGCAACUCGGCGGCGGUCCAUGGAAAUAUCGCUCCGAUGAAGAGCAAGAAUCCGUUCGAAGUUUUUGAAGUCGAGGUGUCGCCAUUAAGCUUGGAGGACAAUCUGUGCACAGGAACCAGUGGCAAAAUCAUAAAUUCUAUCGGAGACGGAGCAAGAGAACCUGCCGAUAUUGGAAAUGUAGAAAAAGUGCUGAAUGACAAUCUGAAGAAAUCUGUUAGCCGGCCAGCUAAGGUUCCAGAAAAUGCUUAG